CUUUGCUAUUGGAGUUGUCGCAGUCUCCGCAGCAUGACCUCGUAGCAGGAGCUGGAUCGCCACCACCCCCUCCUCAGCCACCCUCCCACAAUGGCGGAGACACUACAAACUGCUCUAACCGUCCUCUACUAUGUCUGCUGGCCCUUCAUCAAACUCGUUCACGGCAUCUCAUACAUCCUAUCGCCCUUUUGGGCCAUUGCUCAAUUCGUGCUGCUACCCUUCACCCAUCUCGUCCACAUCCUGCUCAACAUCGUACUAUUUCCAUUCCGGUUACAGUUGCUGGAACGAGUCGAGACUAUCUACAUUUACCUCGGCAUUGCCGGUCUGAUUGGCUGCAUCACUGGCGCGAUCCUCCAUCUGAGCUUCAACUUCCUCUCCUCGACGCUCUGCAUCGAUGCCGCUGCGGGCGCAAAACCACGUCUUAAGGGAAGAAGUGCGGCUGAAUACAGGGCAGCAAGACGUAGAAGGAAGUUUGAAGCAUUAGAUCAUCCGUCAACUCCACCCAUGGCCAUGAGAGGUGGGCCUCCGUACAGCCAGCGAGGACUUGCAUCUCAGACCAUUGUCGAGGAAGAAGAUUCGGACUUUUAAGAGGCGUGUGUCGUGUCCCACUGGGAGUCCUUGGUCCGGAUGAAACACCGUGGAUAUUCGCCGGGAGGACCGUCGCACACGAACUCAUCUGGUGGAGGUACCGGACUUACUUGGGGGGUGGAAUGUGUUGUCGCCGAUGCCUGUCCAGAAGAGGAGUUAUGUGGAUGGGUCCGAAGAUGAAGCGAUGGCUGUCCACGGGGGCGGAAG